GAGAGCCCGUCUUUACUGUGUCAUUAUAAAUGAGUAGUUAAAACUGUUUUUCCGUGUGGUAAUCUGCAGUGGACCCAUGCUUCAGAGGAUAUGGUGGCAUUUGUUAUGAUGGCCAGAACACUGGCACUGAGGCUGCAUUUCCUGGGCCAUUUGGAUGACCAGAUCCUUCCAUCACUGAAAGCAUGUGCUGGUAAGCGCCUGUCUUCUCCUGGUCUCCGAACCUCUACUAUCUGCUUUCCCACAUGUUCCAGCCUCAGUCCAAGGGGUGUAUGUACCACAGAACGAGACCCAAUGUUCCUUGCUGCUGGAUCUGUUCGCCCUUACCAGAAGCUCUUCCCCAGUGGAAGUGGUUUGUCCUUGUUGCACCACCUGACUUCUGAUGAGGACCACACCUUUAUAAAGCGACUCACCUCCUGUACUUCAUCUCAGCAAGUUCUUCGUCUCUUGCGAUCAUACCCUCUCCUCUCAGGUGCAGCAGCAGCAUCUAUACUUCACCGACUGGCAGACUUGGAGCAUGAUUCUGCAUGUGGCCGGAAACCACAGAUACUGCUAUCAGAUGCAGGCCUUAAUGAACUUUGCCAAACACUGGAGCAUGAUUCAACCAAAUUACAGGAUGAGGUAUUGGUUAGAGCUCUCCUGGGCUGUACACGUCUCUACCUUGACCCCCAGAGCCGCUUAGUGGUAAGGCUGGUGUUUGAAAGUCAAAAGAGACUGAAUUUGGAACGGCUCAGUGUUGAAGCGCUAUGUGGGUUAUCAAUGGCUUUAUUUGCAUUGGAAGGCCCUAACAGUGGCAUGAUAAAAACAGGCUAUGGGUCAGCUUCACAAAAUAAAGAUACAGCUCAAUGGAAUACGGCAGAGCUAGUUGCUGUUUACUCUAUGCUAGCAAAUGGUUUGGGUGAAGAUGGAUGCUAUCUGGAGCUUCUAAAUAAAAUGAAUACUCAGGCACUUCAAUUAGUGCAAAAAAUGGGCCCAGGGGCGAUAAGCGAAAUUCUAGGUGCUUUAUUCAAAUUGAGACAUAAGGAAGCAUUACCACUUGUAAUUGCACUUUGCAAGCAAGCUGUUCAUCAUGUUCAAAACUUUGCAGAUCCAGAACUGACUGUGGUGUUGUCAGCACUUAUGCACUAUGGACACAGUGACCACUUUCUUGUGGAAGCUCUUGAGCGCCAUGUGCCCAAGGUUGCCUUUACUGCUCAUGCAGAAACAGUAACCAAGGUGAUGCAAUUUUUCCGGCGAUGGCGCAUUCUUUCUCCACCUGUUUUUAACACUGUGGCUGAGAGUUUUGUGUAUCGUGCAGAGGAGUACUCGACGUGGCAGGUGUCACAACAGAUAGCUGCACUGGGAGUUUUGGGAUACCUGCCACCUGAUGCUGGGAGGUUGUUCCGAAAGGUGGAGUCUGUUUUGCAUGCCCGGUUUUCCCAAUUUCAGCCCAGAGCCCUGCUAGACCUACUGUAUGCCUGUACCCUUCUACAGAGAUACCCACUUAACUUUGUCUCAAAAGUCUUCAGCCCUUACUUCAUGCAACAGCUACAGGGGGAGGAGGGCAGUGGGAUAGAUCACAGAGUGCUUGCACAGCUGACCCAACUUUACAUGACCGUAAAGCUUGAGUGUCCAUUUUAUGAUGGACCACGACUUUCGCCAAAGUUUCAAGUAAAGUCAUUUUUGGCUUCUGGACAGUCUUUGGAGACACCGGUGGAACCUCAUUUCUAUAAUGCCGUGAAGUCCGCCCUUGUGGAUCUGCUGGGAGCUCAAUCUUACUUUGCUUCCAGAGUACUUACACCAUAUUGUUAUACGCUAGACAUUGAGAUAAAACUAGAUGAAGAAGGAUACGUCUUGCCUGCUUCGCAUACAGAUGAAGUCCAUAAAAGAAUUGCUCUCUGUAUUGAUGGGUCAAAGCGUUUUGCAGCAAACGCAGAGAAACUACUAGGCAAGGAAGCCAUCAAGCAGCGUCACCUGAGGAUUCUGGGAUAUGAAGUUGUUCAGAUUUCAUACUAUGAAUUUGAGAAACUGAAGGAUAAAAAAGAGGUUGUGGAAUAUCUGCACAAGAAGAUCUUUCCUCACAGCUACAGACUCAGCUGGUGAUAUCUGGAUUACCAAAUGGAUAUUGAACUACAAUUCAUUAGAUUUAUUAUGUAUACAGAAGUUUUUUUUUCUUGUGUACAGAAAUGUGACAUUGUAUGUAAAUUAUAUUUAUUUAUGCUUUCAAUAAAGUGUAUUGCAGUACAAAGUAAACCACCUACUGGUGUAUAUCCUUCAGAAAAUAAAUCAAAUCUACACAGUCAAAAAUAAACCAACCAACAAAAACUCUGAACCCAAUGAUUAAUGUUAAAAGAUAUCAUGGAUAGAUUUCUUAACCAAAAGAUUAUAAUCUGAAGUAGAUUCAAGACUGAAUUUAAAAAAGAUGAAAUCUUGACAUUGAAGGUCUGUCCCAGUGUUUAUGUUUGUAGAUAUUUGUCCAAAUCUUUUGAGGGUUUAGGAUGUAUUGUCAUUUUGUUCCAUUAUGUAGCUGGAAUCUGAGGAAGGCCAAACUCAUCCACCAGUACUCCAUCCUGUUUGCAAAAAGCAGAAUUCUCAUAUCAGUUUGCAAAAAUCAUUUUCUGUAACACUGGAUGUUAUUCACACGUCUCCACAAAGCAAAUAAUGUGUAACUAAAAAUGCAGUGCUCAGUAUGAAAUAUUUACAUGCGAUUUCAUGAAUACUGUAUAUAACACAAUACAGACAUCUUUCAAUAAUCUGCUCUAAUCUUAAUAAAUAUAUAGUAUGCAGUCUCUUUUUAUGCAAUAAAGUGACACUUUUUGGUAUUCUUAUCAAAUUUUGAUUCAUGAAAUUGACAAAUGAUCUUUUGAGCGCAUUUGUCAACUAUAUACAAUUUAUUACUGAAAUGAAAAGUCCACCACAUUGAAUUGAUGGAUGCAGCUUGGUGUGGCUUGUUUACUUUAAAUUUACUAAGCAUUCUAUUAAAGGGUCAUGAAACCCCCGGUCUGAACCUCAGAUUUGAAACUGGCAGAAAAAAAAGAGCAUGUAAUGCUAUAGAAAGUUGGGAGGGCAGAACAUGAGGAGGUCUUAUUGUAUGUUAAUUAGAGCACAUGUUCUGUAUUACCCCGAAAAAGGGGCAUCCCUAGUGGGGGCAUUUGGGACUGACUGUAGGGGAACCACAGUUGUUAGGGGCCCAUAACCAUUGAAAUUGCUUUCAGAGCACUUUGAUAAAUGUAAAAUGUUUUUAAUUUUACAUGUAUACUGGCAGGUUAAGCAAUCCGCAUUGUAUAAUAAAAUAAAUUAUUAUUAUAAAUUAUAGUAGCAUUCAUUAUAGCAUCAUAUAUUAUAAACAGCCUUAAUAAAUUUAAAGCAAAAUAGAAUUUUCGGUGUGUAGGAAAUGU